ACCAACACUAGGGAUUUAUUGUGUGGGCAUAUAAGGGUUAAGAUCAGCAAGCAUGAACUUCUCGGGGUCUCUGUUGUCUUAUUUUAGUUUGCUUGCUUUUUUGACGAGUACGAGCGCAUCCCCACCUUACACACAGACACAAGCUGACGGGACACCAUCUGGCAAGGCACUAUCUUCCCGGCCAUCAUCUGGCCAGACUCUAUCUGGCAUUGCAGGAACACGGAGACAAGUAUCUGGCAUUGAUCGUUUUUUAUCUGAACGUCCAAGAAAACUCAGACGUUUCAAUGGAGAGAAAGAUCGAGUAGGUUUGUUGAAAAAUGUGACUUUGAGUGUUGUAAGGAAACUGACUUUGAGUGAUGUACGGAAUAUGACUUUGAGUGAUGUACGGAACACGACUUUGGGGAAUAUAUGGAACAUGACUUUGAGUGAUGUAUGGAACAGGACUUUGAGUGGUGAACGGAACAUAACCUUGAAUAAUAUACGGAAUAUGACUUUGAGUGAUAUGCGGAGCAUGACUUUGAGGGAUGCACGGAACAUGACUUUGAGCGGCGUACGGAAGAACUCUCAAAAGUCUAUAGAACAGGGAAUACAUUCCAGCAUAUCCACAAUGUCUCCAUCACAUCUGUCGUCAUUUGGUAACCAAGCAUCCAAAGGCGUCCCUGUAGAAACAGAUCUGGUGGGCUCCCAGGCAGCUACCCAUGUGCCCAUCGAGGUGCCUGGACACGACAACCUAAACAUGCCUGACCAGCGCUCGGAAUAUCCUUGUCACGUGACGAGAGAUGUCGUUUACAACGGCAGUUUGGUGGAUUGUACACACGGAGGCAUAAAUGACGUCAGCAGAGUGGAGUUUCCAGAGAACACCACAACCUUGAUUCUAGACAGAAACAACAUCACUGUGCUGAGGAACCAGUCGUUUGUUAAACUGACAUGGCUCCGUCGUCUCAGUGUCAGAUCAGCGAAUGUCAGCCGCAUCGAGGUAAGUGUUGACCACUUCCUAUCUUUGUAAGUGUUGCCUAUAUUUUAUCUUAGUAAGUCUUGCCUACUUUAUAAGUGUUCCGUAUGAUUAAAUUUUCUUAGGCCAGAGCUAAAAGCUAAAGAUGUAUUGUUUUUUGUUUUGUUUGUUUUGUUGUUUUUUUUGGGGGGGGGUUGCCUCAUAGCAAUAGAUGUAAUAAUUGUGCGGUGUUUUGGCUAAUAGCUGUAGAUGGAUGGAGUGUGUGGGAUAUUGCCCCAUAGCUAUGGAUGUGUGGAACGUGUGGGAUAUUGGCUAAUAGCUAGAGAUUGUGUGGAGUGUGGAGUGUAUAGCCCCAUAGCAAUAGAUGUGUGGAAUUUGUGGGGUGUAGUCUCAUAGCUAGAGAUGUGUGUAGUGUGUAGUGUAUAGCCCCAUAGCUAUAGAUGUGUGGAAUUUGUGGGGUUUAGCCUCAUAGCUAGAGAUGUGUGUAGUGUGUAGUGUAUAGCCCCAUAGCUAUAGAUGUGUGAAAUUUGUGGGUGUAGUCUCAUAGCUAUAGAGGAAUCGGGUGUUUGGGGUAUUUGCUAAGAGCCAUAGAUGAGUGGGGUGUGGGGGGUAUAGCCGCGUAGCUAUAAAUGUGUGGAAUGUGUGGGGUAUUGCCUUUUAGCUAGAGAAGUGUGGGGUUAUAGCCUAAUAGCUAGAGAUGUGUGGGGUUUGUGGUGGGAGUGACGGACCUCGGUGCCAUCUGUGAUCGCUUUUGAGGAACUAUGAAUUUUAUUUGGCCGAAAGCUCGUUGAAAAUGUGAGAACUCCUGAUGAGAUAUUGAAUUCAGUCUAGCCUGCUUGUUGAGCUGUCAUUGCCAACUUAAUGUUUGUAAGAAGUAGACAUGUGUCAAAGCAAACGGUGUCAUUGACAGUGGUGGCAAAGCAUGGUGUUUCGUGUAUGACACAUUACUCAGAGGGUGACAGUGGUGGGAGUGCAUGGUGUGUCGUGUAUGACACAUUACUCAGAGGGUGACAGUGGUGGCAGUGCAUGGUGUGUCGUGUAUGACACAUUACUCAGAGGGUGACAGUGGUGGCAGUGCAUGGUGUGUCGUGUAUGACACAUUACUCAGAGGGUGACAUUGGUGGACAGUAGAUUUAACUUUUGUAGUUUCUGUCUUUGUAGCUAAGUUUGUAAAGGUGACCUACAUCUGUCAUGUGACCGCCUGGGUUAAAUUGAAAUGCCCUGUACUAAACGGCUUUUAAUCCAACAUCGUGUUAGUCAGAACGCCUUGUAACAGUUAAAUUGCUGCAUGAACACCUUGUAACAGUUAAACUGCUGCAUGAACACCUUGUAACAGUUAAACUGCUGCAUGAACGCCUUGUAACAGUUAAACUGCUGCAUGAACGCCUUGUAACAGUUAAAUUGCUGCAUGAACGCCUUGUAACAGUUAAACUGCUGCAUGAACGCCUUGUAACAGUUAAAUUGCUGCAUGAACGCCUUGUAACAGUUAAACUGCUGCAUGAACGCCAUGUAACAGUUAAAUUGCUGCAUGAACGCCUUGUAACAGUUAAACUGCUGCAUGAACGCCUUGUAACAGUUAAACUGCUGCAUGAACGCCAUGUAACAGUUAAAUUGCUGCAUGAACGCCUUGUAACAGUUAAACUGCUGCAUGAACGCCUUGUAACAGUUAAAUUGCUGCAUGAACGCCUUGUAACGGUUAAAUUGCUGCAAGAACGCCUUGUAACAGUUAAAUUGCUGCAUGAACGCCUUGUAGCAGUUAAAUUGCUGCAUGAACGCCUUGUAACAGUUAAAUUGCUGCAUGAACACCUUGUAACAGAUCAACUGUAUCAUGUAACAGAUCAACUGUGCCAUGUAACAGAUCAACUGUGUCAUGUAACAGAUCAACUGUGUCAUGUAACAGAUCAACUGUGCCAAAUAACAGAUCAACUGUGUCAUGUAACAGAUAAACUGUAUCAUGUAACAGAUCAACUGUGGCAAAUAACAGAUCAACUGUGUCAUGUAACAGAUCAACUUUAUCAUGUAACAGAUCAACUGUGCCAAAUAACAGAUCAACUGUGUCAUGUAACAGAUAAACUGUAUCAUGUAACAGAUCAACUGUGCCAAAUAACAGAUCAACUGUGUCAUGUAACAGAUAAACUGUAUCAUGUAACAGAUCAACUGUGCCAAAUAACAGAUCAACUGUGUCAUGUAACAGAUCAACUUUAUCAUGUAACAGAUCAACUGUGGCAUGUAACAGAUCAACUGUGUCAUGUAACAGAUCAACUGUGUCAUGUAACAGAUCAACUGUGGCAUGUAACAGAUCAACUGUGUCAUGUAACAGAUCAACUGUGGCAUGUAACAGAUCAACUGUGUCAUUGGGUUCGCGGUAGUUGCGUCAAAAAUUUGAGAUUACUCUUCUCAAAAUUUUAAAAAAAUUGUUUUUAAUACACGCCCAGGUUCUCAUUCAUGGCCAUCCGUCACCAUCCAUCACCAUCCAUCACCAUCCAUCACCAUCCAUCACCAUCCGUCACCAUCCAUCACCAUCCAUCACCAUCCAUCACCUACACAACCCCAUUCCGUCACGCAACCGUCAUCUACCCGUUAGACCACCCGUGAUUCAUCCGUCACCACCUCGACAUAGAUAGGGAAGAACAUGACUUGAACACCGAUCUGCUGAAAACGCUCAAGUAUGAGAUGAUAUUGUGGAGAGUUCGGACGACGACGCCCGUCGCCGUCUGACAGGUACAGCCGGCGCCAGCUGACCAGAGAACACGACCGAAGGAUCAAACGCCUGACCAUUUACGGCCGUCUGACACCCAGACACGACCGAAGGAUCAAGCGCUGGAGGCGGUAACGGCCAGCCAUCUGACCAGGGCAGUUACCUGGGACGUCUGUGUAACUUGGCGCCAUUUGAGAAAAAGGGGCGGGGUAUAAUCUGGACUGGGAGAGGAACUAUGGGACAGGGAGGUAUAAAUAGGGAUCUCUGGACGGGACGAAAAAAGAGCGCGGCCGGACAAGGAAGGCGGCCGGACUGAGAACUAGAUAGCAGGGAGAAGUCAGAGUUGUGAGACGAGUGAAAGUGUAAGCAAGUGACAGCCAAUAAAGAACACGAGUUUAAUCAUCAAAUGUAUCACCGGAGUUGUUUCCUUAUUGAGUACCAGAUCUAGAUGAAGUUAAUCAGAGAGUAAGCAAGGUUUCCUUACAAUAUUUAUUUAUGUAUUUAUUUAGGCACUUUUUCAUAGCGCUUACCUUACAGCUCUAAGCGCUACACAAUAUUAAACACAUGCAAACUAUUAAAACUGCUAAAGUAAAAUAAAAAGGAAAAACCAGAGACACUAGAACAGUAACUACAAUGUUAAAAAUGACUAUAGAAGCAGUAGCUUAAACAUUAAAAUGGCUAUAAAAACGAGUACACUUUGGCACGUUUUGGCCUAUACUACAGGAUCAACCCGACACAGAAAAUGAGGCAGGGUAACGAGGGUGCAUCACAGGUCAUAGGCGGACCUAAACAGAUGGGUUUAAGGGACUUUUUGAAAGUGGACGAGGUUUCACUAUGACGUAUAUGGAAGGGGAGCUGGUUCCAGAACGUGGGCCCAUGGAAGCAGAAAGAGCGUUCACCGAUGGUCUUAGUUUUAGUUCUUGGGAUUGAGAGGGUUCUACUGUCAAUGGAAGAACGUAGUUGUCUUGUGGGGAUGUAAGGAAGCAACAGUUCAGAGAGAUAGACAGGAAAGUGAGGGUUAGUGAACGAGUUGAAGCAAAGAUUGGCAGACUUGUACUUGAUGCGAGAGGAUAUUGGAAGCCAGUGGAGUUGCCGCAUAUUAAUCUCGGCUGACCAGUUUUCCAAAUAGAAAAAAAAUGUGUAGGACUUGAAAAACUGUCUCUUAAAUGUAACUUAUCUGUAUUGAAAUGUCUCAAUCUCUAUUUUCCAGGUAGAUGCCCUGGCUGGUCUCCCCCUGCUGGACGUUCUAAACUUAGAAGCCAACAGCUUACCCAUAUCCUCGUGUGCUUUCCCAUUUCACAUGUUCAGGCACGUGCCAAACCUGAGAACGCUCCUCAUUGGCUACAACAGCAAGGUCAAGGGCACGUGGGUCGGCGAAGGUCGGAAAACCCCAGGAACCAGCCCCCAAAGGAUGUGUGGCGGGGGGUCUGAGAAAUCCCAGUACCAGAGCCACAUCGACAUCUUCGACGACCUGCCACACUUGGAGACGCUGUCCAUUGAUUCGUUUAAGACUCUUCUUCUCGGCAGUGAAUUCUCCAAGUUUCAGAACUUACAAAAUCUGACCUUGUAUUGCGUGGUUGUUCAAAAGGCACAUAAUUUUAGCUUCCAAGGUCUCUCCGUGUCAAAUCUUACCUCUUUGUUUCUGGACACGUUCUACGACUACAUCGUCCCAAUUUUUCCUGAAGGUAUUUUCCAACCUGUUCCUAAACUCACGUCGCUCAAAAUACACCAAUGCAGAAUCGGCAACCACAACAUUCAGAGGACGAUGUGGCCGUUUGAACUCGGACCAAUGAAGACGCUUCUGCUGGACGACCUCAAACUGUCGCGGUACAGGGAGUCCCCGACGCUGACCCUCAAAGACGGCAUCUUGACCAAGGCGUCCAUGUCCCAUAUCAACAACAUCUGUCUCUCCUCCAUCGCGCUGACGAACAGUAAGAUCUUCAGCUUGGAGCCGGAGGCCAUGACGUCGCCGGUGUGGUUGAAAUGUCUGAGGCACGUUGACCUGUCGGGCAACGAGCUGGGCUUCUCUGGGUGGCGCGUGGUUUUGUUUCAGAUCUCCUGGUUUUUAUUUUUGGAAGACGUCACCGUUACGUCACCGGCCACCUCCUACCAACAGGUGCAUCCGGAUUUUUCGUCUGAUCUCGACAAAUGCUAUCUGAACACCCGUACAGGAAAGCAAUGCUCAAAUUCUUUCCCCGGAUUGAAUAAUACGCGACUGAAAGAAGAUACAAGUUUUUAUCUAAAAGACUUUGACAGCAAUACAACGUUUUCCCCGAGCAGUUACCAAGUAGUAGCAAAAACAGAUGUAGAAACAAACAAAAUACCACGCAGAAGUGACCCAACAGGACGAAGUACGGUAAAACGUCGCUCACCAAAUGUUCAGCUUUUCAACUCGUCUUCGUAUUUUUCCGACGUACCCCUCCCCAUCGUGUGGAUACGAAUGCCGAAAUCCAUAAGAACAAUCCGCAUUGCAUCCAUCACGAUCCAGUCUUUCGUUCACUACGUCACCAACUGGGUUCUCCUAGACAGCGACCACUUCUCGGAACUCUACGCCAUAAACAUACCCCAGUUUUGCUACAGCCGUGGAAGGCUGUUGGGAUUAAACAACUUGAGAAUCCUCGACGUCUCCGGCUCAAUGAUGGACGUCGGGGAACAUUUUUACGAUGAUUUCUCUAACCUUGAAGUGUUGGUCCUGAGCUCCAUACUGCCGGCCAACUACUUUGAUAAGAUUGUUUCCUGUAAACGUCUACUGAGAAACCUAACGAGGCUGAACUACUUGGACAUUUCGACCAAUGGGCUGACGCGGCUCUCGCCCGACACGUUUGAGACCACUCCAGCGUUAUCGCACCUGGUGCUGGCCAACAACCGGUUUUCGUCCAUACCUUUGGAUCUGACGACGACGCCGCGCCUCCGGGUGCUAGAUCUUUCCCAGAACGCCAUUUUGUUUCUGAGUAAAUCCGAAAUAACCGCACUCGAUGAUCACGCCAGCAAGGUUCCACACUUCCUGCUCAAACUUGACGGGAAUGGCCUUGUUUGUGUUUGUUCGGUGUUGAACUUCUUAGGUAAACAUCUAAGUGUUGCCUUCCAACGUUCUGAUGGUUUUAGUGUCGGGGGAAAAGGGGAGGGGGGGAGGUGUGGGGGGGGGGGAAAGGGGGGGGGGGGGGGGGGGGGGGGAGGGGGUAGUUUUUUUUUACGGGUUGCAUUUUUUCUUCUUCAAAUGUUGAUUGUUUUUGAUCAUUGAACUUUGGUCGGCAAACUUAUUAGUCAAAAGAGCCAAAAAUGGUAGACCUGAUGUCACGAAGACAGUGACAGACUUACUGUCACAAAGACAAUGGUAGACCUUAUGUCACACAGAAAAAGAUAGACACGAUGCCACACAGACGAUGGCAGACCUUAAGAUGACCCAUCACAUCAAAUCUAUAGAGUAUUUUUUUAAUAAAUGUUUCUAAAUCAUGCGAACUGAUUCACUUUUCAUUAAAAACAACGCCAACAUAAAAAUUUAUUUUAAAAAACUCUCUCACUCACAAUUUUUGGAAAAAAAUCUCAAAUCAUACUGAUAGCAUUCUCUACAGCACGUCACUGAUCUCAAACCAUACUGAUAGCAUUCCCUACAUCACGUCACUGAUCUCAAACCAUACUGAUAGCAUUCCCUACAUCACGUCACUGAUCUCAAACCAUACUGAUAGCAUUCCCUACAUCACGUCACUGAUCUCAAAUCAUACUGAUGGCAUUCCCUACUGCACGUCACUGAUCUCAAACCAUACUGAUAGCAUUUAUUAUUUUAUUUAUUUGUGUACAUUUGAGUACGUAAGUUUGCUGUACAACAAAAAAGCCAUUGACCACCGAAUUGCUCAAGUACAAAUGUACGCAUAUCCUUUGUGUAUAAAUAUUUUUUGUACGGUACAAAUCGUCUUUAUGUGCAUUCCUACCAAAUAGAUCAUUUAAAGUUGUGCAUUAUGUAGAAAAUUUCUGUGUACAAGUGUAGAUCAGGUAAACAAAUUUUGUAUACACGUGUGGAUUGUGUACACAUAGGCCAUGUACAAGCAUUUGUUAUACACAGAUGGUUGUGUACAAGCGUUUAUUGUGAUCAGAUAGGUUGUGUACACGAGUGGAUUGUUAAUCCUAUGACGUUUAUUGCUCCUCAGCCUGGCUGACAGUGUCCCCAGUUCAGUUUGACAAUAAUGGCGACUAUCAAUGUACGUCACAGAAAGGACAACUGACUACAACGGCUGCCUUCUCUGACAUCGAGGCUCUAUGGAGGCAAUGUGAAGGGAGGUAAUGUGAAGGGAGGUCAUUGAAGAGCAGUCAUGUGAAGGGAGGUCAUGUGAGGGAAGGUCAUGUUAGGGAAUGUCAUGUUAUGGGAGGUGGUGUGAAAGGAGGUAAUGUAAAGGGAGGUUAUGUAAGGGAAGGUAGUGUGAGCUUUCUCAGGUCGAAUGUCUAGGGAGGUAGAGUGAGGUCAGGUAAAGAAUGGUAAUCUUGGCAUUCCGUUACAUGCAGGGUAUGUGGAUGAUAUGAGAUGGGAGGUAAGGGGAUGUAAUAUGUGCAUUCUCAGGUCUAAGGAGACAAUGUAAGGGGAGGUAAUAUGUGCAUUCUCAGGUCUAAGGAGACAAUGUAAGGGGAGGUAAUAUGUGCAUUCUCAAGUCUAAGGAGACAAUGUAAGGGGAGGUAAUAUGUGCAUUCUCAGGUCUAAGGAGACAAUGUAAGGGGAGGUAAUACACACUAGGUCUGAUCUCAAACGCCUUUAUUUCGUCAGCCGGCACAUUUCGUGCACAAGAAAGAAAGAGUUUAUUCCCCUGACAUACAAUCUUAAAUUGUAGAUGUGGCCAUGCUGAGACAAAAAUAAAUUAGUAAUACAGCGAAGUUGAACUUUAAAGUCAGGGCAGACCAGACCAACUUUUCGGUCUCUAUGAAAAUACGAAUUAGAAAAAAAAAAAAAAAAUCUUUUUACCACCUUGACAACAAAAGUAAGUUCAUUUUUCAAAAUCCAAUAUUAUUUUCCACAGCACAUCUUUCUUGACCAGCCUCGUUCUGGCAUCACUGAUGGCCCUGAGCUUCUUCGCUGUGUUCUUCAUUGGCCGUUUCAAGACGGCCAUCAUCGCCGUGGUGCUGAACAUUGUGGCCCCCCAGUUCCGAGCCAAGACUCCAGGAGAUUAUAAGAUGACAGUGUUUAUUGGAUACGCUGAUGACGACUUCAGAUACGUCCGAAACAUUUUACUGGAGUAAGUCAGAGAGCUAAUAAUUAGCAGACGAUAUUACAGUGAGUAGGCGCCGGAGAUACGUUCCCAUGGACCCGCACAUAGCAAAUACGGUAUAUGCAACCAUCAGCACCUGUACAUAGUAAAUACGGUAUAUGCAACCAUCAGCACCUGUACACAGUAAAUACGGUAUAUGCAACCAUCAGCACCUGCACAUAGUAAAUACGGUAUAUGCAACCAUCAGCACCUGCACAUAGUAAAUACGGUAUAUGCAACCAUCAGCACCUGUACAUAGUAAAUACGGUAUAUGCAACCAUCAGUACCGGUACAUAGUAAAUACGGUAUAUGCAACCAUCAGCACCUGUACAUAGUAAAUACGGUAUAUGCAACCAUCAGCACCUGCACAUAGUAAAUACGGUAUAUGCAACCAUCAGUACCGGUACAUAGUAAAUACGGUAUAUGCAACCAUCAGUACCAGUACAUAGUAAAUACGGUAUAUGCAACCAUCAGCACCUGUACAUAGUAAAUACGGUAUAUGCAACCAUCAGCACCAGUACAUAGUAAAUACGGUAUAUGCAACCAUCAGUACCAGUACAUAGUAAAUACGGUAUAUGCAACCAUCAGCACCUGUACAUAGUAAAUACGGUAUAUGCAACCAUCAGUACCGGUACAUAGCAAAUACGGUAUAUGCAACCAUCAGCACCUGCACAUAGUAAAGAUUCAUUCUUUUCUUUACUUACGGACAUAUCUGAUUUUAUACAGAACUUUUUUGGUGUGUGUGUGUGUGGGAGGGGGGGGGUGAAUUCUUGACAACCAACUCUGUUGCUACGUUCACUUGACCACAGAAAAAGAAACAUUCACAAAAACACUGAUUUCAGGGAACUAGGAAAAUCAAAGAGUUCCCGGAAAUGCUCCCGUCGAAAUGGUUCCUUGACUUCAGAUGACCACCAUCCUACUAAACGUUGCUGAUAGUUCAUUAAAAUUUGAAAUAGAUUCUAUUAUUAGGUUUGGUUUUUUGCAACAUAAAUCCAAAUAGACUCAGCUCUAUGGUCUCAAUAUGAAUCCUAUUAGUUUAGAUUCGGGUCUAUAGUCUCAAAAUGUGUCCGAAUAGAUUUACUUCCAUGGUCUCAAUAUGAAUCCAAAAAGAUUCGGCUCUAUGGUCUCAUGAAUCCUAAUAGAUUCAGCUCUAUGGUCUCAAUAUAAAUCCCAAUAGAUUCAGCUAUAUGGUCUCAAUAUGAAUCCUAAUAGAUUCAGCUCUAUGGUCUCAAUAUGAAUCCUAAUAGUUUAAGCUCUAAAGCCUUAAUAGGAAUCCAAAUAAAUUCAGGUCUCUGGUCUCAAUAUGAAUUCUUAUAAAUUCAGGUCUAUGGUCUCAAUAUGAAUUCUUAUAAAUUCAGGUCUAUGGUCUCAAUAUGAAUUCUUAUAAAUUCAGGUCUAUGGUCUCAAUAUGAAUUCUUAUAAAUUCAGGUCUAUGGUCUCAAUAUGAAUUCUUAUAAAUUCAGGUCUAUGGUCUCAAUAUGAAUUCUUAUAAAUUCAGGUCUAUGGUCUCAAUAUGAAUUCUUAUAAAUUCAGGUCUAUGGUCUCAAUAUGAAUUCUUAUAAAUUCAGGUCUAUGGUCUCAAUAUGAAUUCUUAUAAAUUCAGGUCUAUGGUCUCAAUAUGAAUUCUUAUAAAUUCAGGUCUAUGGUCUCAAUAUGAAUUCUUAUAAAUUCAGGUCUAUGGUCUCAAUAUGAAUUCUAAUAAAUUCAGGUCUAUGGUCUCAAUAUGAAUCCUAAUAGUUUAAGCUCUAAAGCCUUAAUAGGAAUCCAAAUAGAUUCAGCUCGUUGGUCUCAAUAUUAAGCCUAAUAGAUUCAGCUCUAUGGUCUCCUUAUGAAUCCCAAUAGAUUCAGCUCUAUGGUCUCAUUAUGAAUCCCAAUAGAUUCAGUUCUAUGGUCUCAAUAUGAAUCCAAAUAGAUUCAGCUAUAUGGCCUCAAUAUCAAUUCUUAUAGAUUAAUGUCUAUGGUCUCAAUAUGAAUCGUAAUAGAUUAGCCCUAUGGCCUCAAUAUGAAUUCCUAGAGAUUCAGGUCUAUGGUCUCAAUAUGAAUCUUAAUAGAAUCAGCUCUAUGGUCUCAAUAUGAAUCCCAAUAGAUUCAGCUCUAUGGGCUCAAUAUGAAUUCUUAUAGAUUCAGGUCUAUGGUCUCAAUAUGAAUCCUAAUAGAUUCAGCUCUUAGGACAUAAAAGAUUCAGCAAUAUGGUCUAAACAUCAGUCCCUUGAGCAUUAUGUCCAAUAUUUGCUCUUCAUCUCUGACUUUGUUCCAUGUUCAACCGGCGGUUCCAGUCAUGGAACAUUAAGUUCCCAACUCAUACUACUACCAUAGUCAGGGAAUGCACAGUCCCCAUAUCGGGUGUUGGUCAAAUAUGAAACUCUGCACUAUUAUAUUUAUACCGGUACCGGCAAUGGAUUCGUUAGUUUGUUUGCUUUUUAUAAAUUAAAAAAUCUUGACAUUGCUAGAAAUUUAUUUUAAAAAAAAACAAAAAAAACAAAGUUUUUCCUAUACUGCGUCAAUCCUUUACAUGUAUUUUUUUUUAACCCGGUAUUAGAAUAAUAAUAUAAAAUAAUAUUUAUUUCACCAACUAUGUCAGAAAAACAGAAGAAAAUAUUACGCACCAAACGCACUUGCGAUAUUUAAAAAAAAAUAAUAAUAAUCGCAGUUAAAAGGAAUUUUAUUUUGUGAAUUUUAGUGUCAUCAUACUUCCUUCAUCUUCCUCAUGAAAAACGGGGGGGGGGGGAAGGAGGAAUGAUUUUAGCGGGUUAAGGUUGGAGGGUGGGACUGAAAUUUGAUAAACUUUGUUGUCAUCGGGAGCGAGUCUUUGUGCCAAGUUUCAGCUCGAUAGGUUGACGGAAAGUGGGUCGAAUAGCCAUCGGAAGAUAAUGCCAGCCACCCAGCUAAGAACAAAAUUCAAGUUAAUAAUGGAGGGUUUUAAAAAUUAGCGGCAAUCUCCGGGAAAAGAUUUUUCAUACAACAAAUUGUCUUCUCUUAGUUACGUGGAAGGAGCGCUUCAUUCAACGACCUUCAUCCAUCAGCGUGACCUUGGCACUGGCUACACAGACCAGCUGUUCUUCGAAGCCAUGCAAGACAGCUGGCGCAUUUUACUGGUCAUCACCGGCAACUUCCUUGACAAAUACAACAUGUCAAAUAUUGUUAUGAAGGUAAGGGUCUACGCUACGUAACAGAUAAUUAUGUAUCUGACAUGAAAAAUUAUUCUGUAAGACAUGACAAAUUGUUCUGUAAGACAUGACAAAUUAUUCUGUAAGACAUGACAAAUUAUUACGUAUGACAUGACAAAUUAUUAUUUAUGAAAGGACAAUUUAUUCUGUAUGACAUGACACAUUAUUCUGUGCGAUAUGACAAACUAUUCUGUAUCUGACAUGUCAAAAUAUUCUGUGUCUGACGUGACACACUAUUGAUUCUGUAUCUGACAUCUCAUUCUAUUCUGUUUGUUGUAGACAUUCUUAAAAAGUUUUGUUUUGUUAAAGUCAACGCUGUAUUUUACACGGUGGUUUAACACAGGCAAAAUUAACAGUAGGUUAUGCAUGAGGUGUUCUUUUAAUUUUAAAUAGGUCUCAAAAGAUUUUCUUGCAAAUCUUUGCCCAGAUUGAAGUCUAAUUCAUCUUCAUCUACUCAUUUGAUAUGUAAAACUGAUGAAGUGAAAUUGUUCCGUCUCCAGUACGCCAGCCACUCCGUCAGUCCAGUCAACCAGGGGCGUGUCUUCAUCCUGGUGGAGGAGUCGCAGCUCCACAAGAUCCCCUCCUACCUGCACGACGUGUUGGACGAAUCCAGAAUAUUAACAGUCAGUGACCUUGACCUUCCUCUCACUUACAAGUUGCGUCAGAGCAUUAAGAGAUGCCUAGAGUCUCAUCAGUGAUGACAAGUACCUCAACAUCAGUGAUGACAAGUACCUCAACAUCAGUGACGACGUGUACCUCAACAUCAGUGACGACAAGUACCUCAACAUCAGUGACGACAAGUACCUCAACAUCAGUGACGACAAGUACCUCAACAUCA